GAAAACACGCACUAUUACACACUCUUAACAACCAAACACACACGCAUUAAAGGAGGACAGGAUAAUGGCGUCUGUGAGUGUGGUGGGGCAGCACCCGGGUCCACACAGGCUGGACUCGGAACCUCAGAUGCUGCUCUUCAAGCUGCCCGGCAGAAAGAAAAUCACUCUACCGAGGAAGUCGUCCUGGGAGAAGAUGAUGUUCAGGAGAAGCUCAGGGAACAGCGGAGAGUGUGGCUCUGUCUCUACUGAAAGGGAAGCGGGAAUUCAAAGCUCGACUCCGGGGCUGGAGGGGGAAACGGCGGCAAGAGAAGGGAAGAUGCCCGGUGAAGGAUGCGGAGCUCCGGCCGCCCCUGCUGCGCCACGUAGCUCGGACCGGGACGGAGAGGAGGGCAGCACGGACUGUGACGGGCGGACAAGCCGAGAGAGUCGAACCGGAGACAUCAGCACUGACUGCAACAGCAACGUCAGCUGUGACUCAAACCAUAACACAGGUGGUCGCAGAGGGACCUCGCUCAAGAAGUCGUGCAUCACUGUCAUGCCAGCAGGAUCUUGUACGAACGGACACAAAGGAGCGCACCGGCACAGAGACGCUCCACUCGGGAGACGGGACAGCGGAUACCAGAGCAUCUUAUCCGGUGAGCUAGCACAAGAAGAGAGGAGCAGUCUCCCGCUGGAGAGGGUCACACAGGGCAAGACUGGGGUCGUCAGGCUGGCCCGUGCAGAGCCUCACCGAAGGGAGGCCUGGUCCAUCUUCCCCCAGGGUUUGGACCCCAGAGUGGGGACGGAGAGAGGAGAGGGGCACCAGUUCGAGGCUAAGCCUGUUACACAGGACUGGUGUGACGCCUGUAGCCGACAGAUUACUGCACAGGCUCUCAAGUGUCAAAACUGCAGCUACACCUGUCACCUGGAGUGUGAGAGCCACGUCCAGCUGGACUGCAACCAAAGGGACAGACCAUCUAAAGAAACUCCACCUCCCAGAAGCCACAUCUACUCCAGAGCCUCCCAGUACAAGCAGAAUGAAGCAAAGGAGGAGGAGGAGCGACGAACAAAGGACCUGUCAGAGGAAGAAGUGCGGACAAGGAUAGAAGAAUACAAUGCUCAAGUGUCUGAAAAUGGCAUGAAGCUGGCCUCAGACGGAUCGUACACAGGCUUCAUAAAAGUCAAUCUGAGGCUCAGCCGACCAGUUACAGUCCCAGCUGUGGAGACCGCGGCCUCAGAGGGACCAUCCAGGCAGAUGAACAACCGCAAUCAGGAAUUUCAGGAUGGGAUAGAUGGCGGGCAGAGUGAGAAGAGAACGUCCUUCUACUUACCAUGUGACUGUGUGAAGCAGCUCCACAUCAGCUCUCUGACCACCACCAGAGAGGUGAUCCAAGGCCUGCUGAAGAAGUUCAUGGUGCUGGAUAAUCCUCAGAAGUUUGCAUUGUACAGGCAGACGCACCGCGAUGGACAAGAUCUGUUCCAGAAGCUUCCUCUGUGUGAGCGUCCUCUUCUGCUGAGGUUGAUAGCAGGGCCUGAUCCCGAGCAGCUCAGCUUUGUUCUCAAGGAAAAUGAGACUGGAGAGGUGGAGUGGCAUGCCUUUUCUGUCCCCGAGCUACAAAACUUCCUGGUAAUCCUGGAGAAAGAGGAGGCGGAGCGUGUGCGGGCAGUGGAGCAAAAAUACGCCAUUUACCGACAAAAACUACAACAGGCCCUACAACAACAUGAUCCCUGACCCCGCCCCCUCUCUGCACCUGUUACCUUACAACCUUAGCCCAGGGAGAGACUGACCCUUUUAACGCUGACCACAUCAACACCCUCCAUCUGUUCAGAGGCUGGAGCUGGAUUCAGAUCCACAAAUACACACCCAAACAUACAGUACAUCCACACAUGUAUACCCUUUCUCAGGACGACCCCCCCCUUAGACUCCCACCGUUCAUACAUCCACUUCCUGAGGAGAAGCGAAAGCAACAUGAAAACCACAGGGUGUGUGGUCUGCUUGCUGAUUGGACAAGUGUUUUCAUUGCCAAGGACACACACAGGACGAUCACCACGAGAUCUGAAACUUGAAAUCUCAUUAGGGGAUUGAUAAGAACCACUAGUGUUUUUAAAGAUUCCCUCUCCUUCUGCUACUGCUGCUGCUACUGCAAGUGUUACUUAUGCAUGAGUCUCUCAGCUCAUCCCCCUGCACAUAGUGAGAAUUACAACAGAAGGCAUGUUUCAAUUUUUUCAACAUCUCUUGGGGAUGGAAGGACAAUCAUACUAUUAUUUUUCUUAGAUUUGAUGUACCAUUUUUAUGCUGGAACAGAAGACACAAGAAGGAGUGAUCUAGGAUCAGGGUUAUGCUUUGAAGAAUCUGUGGGACAAGAAAAUGAGAUAUAGUCUUUGAUUUUUAUUUUCUCAGGGAGAAUGCGUUUAAAGAGAAAACCAUAAAAUGGAAAGAAAUCAAUUUCACCAAAUUCACCAAACUAUUUAGAAGAUUUUGUCCAAAAUCAGCCUUUUUAUUUUUUCCUAUUUCCUACUUUUAUUGCAGAGGGAAAAUGAUGGUGCAAAUAUACUAUCAGGUGCUUCACUGAUAGAAAGUUUCCCCGCUUAAACACAAAUCUAUCCUUAAAUCUUACUGGUUAUUUAAUUUGCCCGCCACCCAAAAAAAUGGAACCUUGCAUGAUCUGCACCGCCUGAGCGAGGUGAUCCACACAACAUUUUAAAAACGAUCCUCAUGCUGUUAUUGUGCAUAGGUUGCAUUUGAAUGUAAGAAGAUUUUUACACCAAAGCAUAGAGGGACAAAUCUUUUGAUGGGAUUUUAAAGGGAAGAGAGGCAUAUGGAGGGAUUGUCUAAUUAAAGGUGGUGUAUGUAAAAAUUCAACCAGCUUUUGUUUUUUGCACAUUUAGAUGCAGGUGACUGAAUGGCCCAAGACUCUAGGGCUGGACAUGCAUUUCUGCUUCUUGUUUCUUUAAUCUUCCCACCUUCCAUCCCCUUUAUGAAAUAAAAAAUAUAUAAAAUUCAUAUUAAUGGCUAAGAUGUACCAAUGACGUGUUUGCAAUGCAUAUGUAUUAUGUAGACACUGGAAAAAGAGUGACAAGGUUUAACUUUGUUUUUAUUAUGGUGAAUAUUCUUUUGUUUUCAUUCCUAUUGGUUGGUGUGUGUGAUCGUGUGGCCUGUGUAUGUGCGUGUAUGUGCUAAUCUAGGGCAGUAAGGACAGUGUGAAUAGUUUUUUUCUAAUGAGUGUCUGUCUGUGAUCAGCACUCCCUCUUUGGGCCUUGCUUAUUUAGUAAGAACACAUAUUAAAACCACUAGUUAGAAGAUACUGUAUCAUACAAAUUGAGUACUGAUAAAUGAGGCCCAUUGUCCAUAAGCACAUACUCCUCCUCGGUAAAUCCAAUGUGCACAUUUUUUCAAUCACCACCACCCAAAGCCUGAGCCAUUCCUGCUGGCAGUGCCUUUUGUUUCAUGUGCCCCGCUGUUUGUCCGUCAGGUGUGUUUGAGCACACAGGUGCCUGAGUGGAUGGAUGAAUGGGUGCUUUUGCAUGUGUGCAAAUCUGUGUGUAUAUAUUUAAUUUUUAUGUUUUCUCCCUUUACACACAUGUCCUUCCAGCCAUCCCUGUGUGAGAGAGUGAGAGUGCGUGGUGUGUGUUAUUUAUUUCAUGGUCCAGCUCAUCCAUAUGAUCUGAUGUGGAAGAUGAUGAGACUUGAUGCUUUUUAUUUGCAAUUUGUUUUGAUUUAUUCAAAGAAUUGUGUAUAAAUAUAAGAGUAGAACUGUACAGAAUAUUAAAAUGAAAUAAAAAGGUCAUCCCUUUA